GCAGGGUAAAGGUACCGGAUCAGGUCACAGAACUCUGCUCUAUGGCAAUGCCAUUCUCCUGAGACAUCAGAACAGUGAUAUGUAUUUGGCCUGUUUAUCAACAAGCUCUUCCAAUGACAAAUUAGCCUUUGAUGUGGGUCUCCAGGAACAUUCCCAAGGUGAAGCGUGCUGGUGGACUGUACAUCCUGCAUCCAAACAAAGAUCUGAGGGUGAGAAAGUGAGAGUUGGUGAUGACCUUAUUUUGGUGUCUGUAGCUACAGAGCGAUAUCUCCACACAGCUAAAGAAAAUGACCUGUCUGUGGUGAACGCAUCUUUUCAUGUGACUCACUGGUCUGUGCAACCGUAUGGAACUGGUAUCAGCAGGAUGAAGUAUGUAGGUAUGUAUACAGCACUUACGCUCACUAGAGAGUAAUUAUAAUUAGGCAUACUAUAAAGUAUAGGUAGGAGAUGAUGGUGUUGUUCUUCCAAGUUGUGGUGCUCUGUGGAUUUGGAG